AUGGCCACCUACUGCGACGACCUGGGCACCUCCUCGGCCCUGCCCGGCCAGGCCCGGGCCACCGCGCACCCCCCGGGCUAUGAGCGAGGGGAUCUGGGAGCGGUGGGUGGGGGCCCGCUCCUGUGGGUGAACGCGCCAGCGCUCAGCCCCAAGUCCUACGCUUCGGGUUCCGGGCCCGCGCCACCCUACGCAGCCCCAGGCUGCGGGGCUCCCGGCCCGCUCCUCGGCGCCCCGGGCGGCCUGGCGGGCGCCGACCUCGCCUGGCUGAGCCUCUCCGGCCAGCAGGAGCUGCUGAGGCUGGUGCGGCCGCCCUACUCCUACUCGGCGCUCAUCGCCAUGGCCAUCCAGAGCGCGCCGCUGCGGAGGCUGACGCUCAGCCAGAUCUACCAGUACGUGGCUGGCAACUUCCCUUUCUACAAGCGCAGCAAGGCGGGCUGGCAGAACUCCAUCCGCCACAACCUGUCGCUCAACGACUGCUUCAAGAAGGUGCCCCGUGACGAGGACGAUCCAGGUAAAGGCAAUUACUGGACCCUGGACCCCAACUGCGAGAAGAUGUUUGACAACGGGAACUUCCGAAGGAAGAGGAAGAGGAGAGCUGAAGCCAGCGCGGCCGCGCCCUCGGGAGCCAGGAGCGGGGAAGGGGCCGAGGCGCCCGCGCUGGAGCCCCCGAGCGCGGCUUGCCUGGACCUGCAGGCCUCGCCCUCUCCAUCCGCACCCGAGGCCGCCACCUGCUUCUCUGGUUUCGCCUCCGCUAUGAGCGCUCUGGCUGGCGGCCUUGGCACCUUCCCCGGGGGCCUGGCGGGCGACUUUUCUUUCGGGAGGCCGCCACCGACGGUCGCCACGCACGCUCCCCCGACCCUUAGCCCCUCGCCUGGCUUCGCCCCUGGCCACCAGACCGCGGCCACUGGCUUCCGCGUCAGUCAGCUCCUCUACAGCCGGGAAGGGACCGAAGUUUGA